GAAUGUGGGAAAUCAUUUAGAAAGAAGAGUCAUUUUACAGAACACAUGAGAACACAUACUGGAGAGAAACCUUUUGCUUGCUCAGCUUGUGCUAAAAGAUUCAAAACUAAGAAGGAAAUGAUAUUACACAUGAGAACACACACAGGUGAGCAAUCUUUUACUUGCUCUGUUUGUAAGAAGAGUUUCUCCAGAAAGGAACACAUGACCACACACAUGAGAACACACAUUGGAGAGAAACCUUUUACUUGCUCUGUUUGUAAGAAGAGUUUCUCCAGAAAGGGUGACAUGACCACACACAUGAGAACACACACUGGAGAGAAACCUUAUGCUUGCUCAGCUUGUGCUAAAAGAUUCAACACUAAGAAAGUCAUGAUCACACACAUGAGAACACACACAGGUGAGAAACCUUUUACUUGCUCUGUUUGUAAGAAGAGUUUCUCCAGAAAGGGUGACAUGACCACACACAUGAGAACACACACUGGAGAGAAACCUUUUGCUUGCUCAGCUUGUGCUGAAAGUUUCAACACUAAGAAGGAACUUAUAUUACAUGUGAGAACACACACAGGUGGUAAACCUUUUACUUGCGCCGUUUGUAAGAAGAGUUUCUCCAGAAAGGAACACAUGACCAGACACAUGAGAACACACACUGGAGAGAGACCUUUUGUUUGCUCAGCUUGUGCUAAAAGAUUCAACACUAAGAAGGAAAUGAUAUUACACAUGAGGACACACACAGGUGAGAAACCCUUUGCUUGCUCUGUUUGUAAGAAGAUUUUCUCCAGAAAGGAACACAUGACCACACACAUGAGAACACACACUGGAGAGAAACCUUUUACUUGCUCUGUUUGUAAGAAGAGUUUCUCCAGAAAGGGUGACAUGACCAUACACAUGGGAACACACACUGGAGAGAAACCUUUUGCUUGCUCAGCUUGUGCUAAAAGAUUCAACACUAAAAAAAAAAGUAUAUUACACAUGAGAACACACACUGGAGAGAAACCUUUUGCUUGCUCAGCUUGCGCUAAAAGAUUCAACACUAAGAUUGAAAUGAUGUUACACAUGAGAACACACACAGGUGAGAAACCUUUUUCUUGCUCUGUUUGUAAGAAGAGUUUCUCCAGAAAAGAACACAUGACCACACACAUGAGAACACACACUGGAGAGAAACCUUAUACUUGCUCUGUUUGUAAGAAGAGUUUCUCCAGAAAGGGUGACAUGACCAUACACAUGAGAACACACACUGGAGAGAAACCUUUUGCUUGCUCAGCUUGUGCUAAAAGAUUCAACACUAAGAAGAAAAUUAUAUUACACAUGAGAACACACUCAGGUGAGAAACCUUUUACUUGCUCUGUUUGUAAGAAGAGUUUCUCCAGAAAGGAACACAUGACUACACACAUGAGAACACACACUGGAGAGAAACCUUUUACUUGCUCUGUUUGUAAGAAGAGUUUCUCCAGAAAGGGUGACAUGACCAUACACAUGAGAACACACACUGGAGAGAAACCUUUUGCUUGCUCAGCUUGUGCUAAAAGAUUCAACACUAAGAAGAAAAUUAUAUUACACAUGAGAACACACACUGAAAAGAAACUUUUUGCUUGCUCAGUGUUAGAAUAA